GUGCGUUAGGAUGGCCGUGAAUGUGCGAUGGUUGAUCGGUUCGGUGUUGCUAGUGUUGCUGGUAUGGGCCGGUUGUCUGGUCCAGCAAAGUAAUGGCCAGUUGAGUGCUGGUGGUGGUUCGUGGCUGGACAAGUUUAACAAACUGCUCAGCCGAUCGAAGACGCGUAACGCAACGGAAGACAACGAGGUGCUCGAUUCGGAUGAGUAUGAUUUCAUCGUCGUCGGCGGUGGAACAGCUGGAAUGGUGUUGGCCACUCGGCUGUCGGAGAAUCGUAAUUGGAAGGUGCUGCUGCUAGAGGCUGGCCAGUAUGGUACGAAGCUGUUUAACAUCCCGAUCGGAUUCCAGCUGGCCGUACUGUCCGAUGCAUACAACUGGAAGUUCUUGAGCGAACCUCAGCGUCAUGCCUGUUGGGGAACGAUCGAUGGUCGUUGUCCGGUCGAUAUCGGGAAAGGGGUUGGUGGCAGCACGCUAAUCAAUGGACUAAUCUUCUCACGCGGAAAUCGAGAUGAUUACGAUCGUUGGGCAGCAGCCGGCAACGAUGGAUGGUCGUACGAUGAAGUUUUGCCGUACUUCCGUAAGUUUGAAAAAUCCAUUGGUGAAAAGCCGGAUGGUAAGUUCCGAGCUGCAGGGGGUCCUCUACGUGUGGAGCGAUCUGCUUAUCGAUCGGAGCAUGCACGCAUCUAUCUGGAGGCGGCAAAGGAAGCCGGAUAUCAGCUGAUUGACUACAAUGGCCGUACCCAGUUCGGAAUAUCGCCCGUUCAGGCAACGAUGACGAAGGGACAGCGACUAUCAGCUUACAACGCUUAUCUACAGCCUGUUCAGAAGAAGCGUACGAAUCUUAAAACUCUGACCGGUGUAUUGGUAACGAAGAUUAUGAUCGAUCCAACAACGAAAGUGACCGAAGGAGUCCGUUUCACAAGGAACGGUCAACAGUUUGAAGUUCGAGCACGCAAAGAAGUGAUCCUUUCGAGUGGUGCCAUCCUAACUCCACAGCUACUGAUGCUGUCCGGUGUGGGACCUCGAGAGCAUCUGGAGUCACUCGGCAUACCGGUGGUUGAAGAUCUUCCCGUCGGUCAAACACUGUACGAUCAUCUCGGCUUUUCCGGGCUGCAAGUCGUGAUGAAUGGUACCGGAUUUUUCGCACCCGGAGACAUCCCUACCUUUGAGAACUUCUACGAAUAUCUCAAGGGCAAGGGCGUGCUAACCGUGCCGGCAGCAGUAGAGCUCGUCACCUACCCAAACCUAACGCUCGCCGGCCGUCGUGGACCAACGUUGGAGCUUACGAAUCUGAUCAGUUCGUUCGCGGUGGAUAAGGGCACCACGGCAAAGAACAGUGUGCGCAUGCGAGACGACAUCUACGAAGCCGUUUACCGACCACUCGAGACACAGAACCACUUCACGAUCAUCGUGCAAAAUCUACACCCACUGUCCCGCGGCACGAUAAGUCUACGCAGUGCCAAACCGUCCGAUGCGCCGGUCGUCGAUCCGAACUAUCUGGCCGAAGAGCUGGACGUAGACGUGGUGCUGGAAGGCAUUCGUGAGGUUCAGCGUGUUCUCGAGACGGAGGAGAUGCGUCGCUACGGUGCGACUGUGUGGGCCGCACCACUGCCGAACUGUGUGCAGCACGAGCCCGACUCGGACGACUACUGGCGCUGUGCAGUGCGUACCGUGUCGUUCUCGCUGACCCACUUCACGUCCAGCUGCAAAAUGGGGCCACCGACGGACGACGAUGCGGUCGUUGGCCCCGACCUGCGGGUGUACGGUGUGGAGAAUUUGCGCGUUGUCGACGCGAGCGUUAUCCCGGAACCGGUUUCUGCGCAUCCGAUGGCGGCCGUGUAUAUGGUUGCGGAAAAGGCGGCCAAUCUGAUCGCCCAGCAGUAUGCGGACGAUUGA